AUCACACACAACCUCAUUUUAACCGCCACCUACCAAAGAAGAACAACAAGAAGCACCAUGGUUUCUCUGAGGUUCCCAUUCUCGUUUUCUCAGCCCCCAAAUCCCCGCCACCGGUCCUCCAAUUCCUUCUCUGCGGCCGCCACGGCAUUUUCCGUAGCUGCAGCCUCUGGCGCCGCCGUCGCCGCCGCUGUCGCAGUCUCCCAGAACCCCAUAAAUCCAUUUCUCCAAAACGCAUUCAACUUCUUUUCCAAUCACUCCUCCCCCUUUUGGGCCUCUCUCUCCAUAGCUGACAAUCCUUCUUCAGUCUCCGAAUCCAAAACUGGGGUUUUGUUUCCCUCGAUUUUGAACGAUUCUCGGCAGCUUCUCGGAACUGGGUUGCGGAAAAAGAGUGUGUUGGGACUGAAGAACAUCGAUGUCUACGCAUUUGGUGUUUAUGCUGAUGAUGGUGACUUAAAAAGAUUGCUGAGUGAAAAAUAUGGAAAAUUAUCCUUUUCUGAAAGGAAGGAUCUCAGUAAAGACCUUAUGGAAGCUGAUAUAUGCAUGACUGUUAGACUUCAAAUAGUCUACAGCAGAUUGAGCAUUCGUUCUGUCCGUAAUGCUUUUGAAGAAUCUGUAGGCAGCAGACUCCAAAAGCUUGGAGGAUCAGAUAACAAAGAAUUGCUUCAUAGGUUCACUUCCCAGUUUAAAGAUGAAUAUAAAAUACCCAAGGGAUCUGUGAUAGAUCUAUCAAGGGAACGGGGACAUGUGCUCCGCACAACAAUUGAUGGAAAGGAGGUGGGGAAUAUCCAGAGCCAACUUCUUUGUCGGUCGAUUUUAGAUCUAUACAUUGGUGAGGAUCCUUUUGAUAGACGAGCCAAAGAAGAAGUUGAGCUCAAGUUGGUGUCUCUUCUUCAAAAGUAGGCAAGUGGCUACAGAAAAUAUGUGAAAGUACAUUUGGAAUGUUUAUUUCUUGUAAAAUUAAACAAUUAGUUGAACUGCUUGUCAUCCUAUUGAGAUGCAUAUUUCAGGGAAGGUGACCAAACUGUAUGGCUUGUUUCA